ACCUUUCUGUGUUCCCUCUUCUUUUUUAUCAUUAAAUCCCUGGAAAACCCUAGAAUCUUUUCUUACGCUUCCUUACUGUGAGUGGUUUUCUUUCACUCGAUCCAUCAAAAUAACAGCCAUGAGCGCUUUCCGAAGAAUCGAGAUUUUCGAGCCUUCACCGUCUCUCCUCAUCAGAGAGACCUCCAUUUGUCGACCGAAAUCGCUAAUCUUUCCCCCAUUUGCAGAAGAAGAAGAAGACGAGUUCGCUUUGACUCUCCAUCUCUUAAACCCUAAACCCAGCCUCUUUGAUCUCUCCCCACAAUGCUACUUCCCAGCCCCGGCUAUAUCGUCUCCUUUCGAUGUCUUGGACACCGUGACCGAUCUGAUCCAGAUCGAGAAAACCCCAUUUUCGUCUUCUUACAAGAGGUACCAGGAGCGGAUAGCCACGGAUUCCUGCUUACGGAGCCUGUGUGAUCGAGUGUCUUCUCUCGAGCUGGGAUUUGAUCGGCUUCUGAAUGCGAAGAAGAUCAACAAGCUAGAUCGGAAGUACUCAUGGACGGCCAAGAUCAAGGACCCCGAAGAGGACUGCCUCGAUCGGAAGUAUAAGUGGACUGCGGAGAUCAAGGGGGCGAAGUCCAAGGACGGCGAGUUGGGAGGCGUCGAGAAGAACUAUGAAUGGACGGUCGAGAUGAAGGGUAAGGGAAAACACAGUCCCAUCUCUCAGACCUACACGCUCAAGGCGUCAACAUCUCCUGCCGCUGCCGGAGAGGGCAGCAGCAACUCCAGCAAGCCUAAGAAGAAAGGCGUCAAGUCUUCGCCUUCCAAACGUGUGGUGGAGAUUGAGGGCCCGGUUGAUCAUGGGGCUGUUAUUCUCAAACAGGCAUUUGCAAAGAGAGCUGGAAGCGUUAACAAUGGCAAAGGGAAGAAGAAGGAGCUGUCUCCCCAAGACGCGGCGAUGGUGAUCCAGACGAGCUUCAGAGCUUAUCUGAUCCGUCGAUCCCAAGCACUGCGGGCACUCCGAGAGCUAGCCGUGGCAAAAUCCAAGCUGAAGGAGAUGAGGGCCUACUUCAACAACUUAUCCUACCGACGUCGCGUUACCCGUGAUGCCGAGGAACGCCAGAGGUUCUCUGAGAAGAUCAUUGUCCUCAUCCUCACAGUUGAUGCAAUAGAGGGAGUUGAUGUUAUGGUUCGAACGGCUAGGAAGUCAAUGAUAGAUGAACUGGAAGCAAUGUUUGAUGUGGUUGAUCCACAGCCUGCUGCUGGAAUUGGAAAGCUGGGAUCCAUGAAGAGGAGGAAGUUCGACCUGCCUGAGGGCGGUAUCCAGAAGGAAAUUGCAGCUGGUGUGGCGGAAGUCGUCCAAAUGCUGGAUCAGGUUGACAGUGGGAAGGCUGCUUUCGAAGCUUGCUUGUGAGAAUGUGUUGGUUGUAUUCCUGUCUGUUGCUUCUUACAUCUUAACCUUCUUCAUGUUGUGUUGUGUUGUGUUGUGUUGUGUUAACGUGAAAUAUGUAGUAGCUAGUAGGUGUCUCAGUCUUUCCCUUCAAUACGCUAAUUGCUGAUCAUGAUCAUAAAGGCUUCCGGUCGGCAGUAAAAGAAUUCUUCAAAACUUUGAAGGUCUGUUUGGUUCGCAUUGGAAUAAGAAUCGGAAUCAAAAUCCUUUA